GUUGCCGAUACCUUGGACGCAAGCACAACCGGAGACGUGUCGUCACGCGGUUUCGAUCUUGACUCACCGGAUGACAGAGUUGCAUAAAAUGGCAGCACCGAGCAGCUCACGCCACUGACCGCCCGUCCUCCUGCCUGACGAGCUAGCUGCUGAGCCGUGGCUAUGAAGGCGCUGAUCUUCAUCUUUGUGGGCCUGCUGGUCGCCACCACCAUAGGCGGCGACGAACUCUGCGACCUGGCCGACAACUUGAAAGUGCAGGCUGUGCAGUGCAUCACGAGCCAUGUUUCAGAACAGAUGAAGAACAAGUGGGAGGCCCUGAAGCAGACGUUUGGCAGUCAGGAUGACUUGGUGGCAACCAACAAGCUCUGCGAACUUCGCAAGGGGUCGACAGAAUCGGGUACAAAGACUGCCGUUUUCACGAAAACCGAGGAGGACGAAAUCAAGUCAGCUUUUGAGGCUUGCAAAGCGCAGGCUCAACCCAAGACCAACUAAGCUGGUCGGUGCGGGUCCACAGACCCUCUUCACUAAGGCCCAGCAACAGCUGAACAUUUCCCUCGUUGCUCGGGACCGUUCAUAUUUGUGUGCUGGACUAUUUUAUCAUUUUUACUUACAAGCAAUAAACUAUUAUUCAUGGCAGUA